AUGAGCAGCGCUCCAAUAACCCCCACGGGCCCUGCGGCCACCGACCCCGACGAGCCCUCCUACAUCGACUACGAAGCCUUCCUCGACCCCUCCUUCACACCCUCCUCCUUCGCCAACACCCUCGUCCUAGCCACCAACAACCCCACCGACACCCCCCUCGACCUCUCCACCCCUCUCUCACGAGUCCUCUUCGACAUCCAAGAAAUCGACUCCCACAUCGACCAGCUCACCACCCGCUCCGCCCUGCCCCUCCUCAGCCACACCUCAACCCACGCCUCAGCGAGCACCCACAUCCUCGACACCCUGACCACACAAAUCACCGCCCUCAACGCCAGCCACGCGCAGCUGACCCGCGAGGUAACCCAAAAACACGCCGAGGCCGACCAGGUGCGCGCCGUGGCCGCCCGCCUGUGGGACGCGCUCCGCCUCGCCCGCGCCGUCGCCCGCGCCCUGCACCUCGCCCGCCAGCUCGACGCCCAGCACGCCGAGCUGACGGGGUCGGCGUCGGCGACGGCGACGACCAGCGCGGCCUCGGCGAGGGGCAGGGAGGAUUGUCGCGCGCUGGUGCGCUGUGCGCAUACGUUGCUGGCGCUGGGGGGGUUGUUUGCCGGGGUGGGCGUGGUGGGCGCUGAGGGGUAUGGGUUGGAUAGGGUGGCGGUGGUGAAGGGGUUGAGGGAGGGGGUGGUGGCGCCCGUGGAGAGGGCGGUGAGGGAGACGGCAGAAAGGGUGGUGCGCGAGUUCUCGAUGGGGAGUGCGACCGGCGGGACCGCGACGUAUGCCCAGUCGGAGGAGGUGCGCACGAGGACGGUGGCGGCGCUGACGGCGCUGUAUUUUCUGACCCCGCCGCCGCCGUCGUCGGGGUUGGGGAAGGGGGCGGGGGAGCGGUGGGCGCCGACGCUGAUGCUGCAGGCGCUGGAGGUGUAUUUGAGGUCUGCGCUGCAGAGUAGCAUCGCGGGCUUGUCGCGGGCGCUGGCGACGCUGCCGAGCCUGGAUAGGACACUGGCUGAGGUCAGCGCGCGGUGUCAGAAUGUCGUGGCGCUGGAGGUGGUGCUGGAGGGGACGAAGGCGCCUGUGCACCCGCUGCUGCAGGGUAAGCAUGCGGAGCAGGCGGCCGGGAACUUGCUGCAGCCGCUGCUGGCGCACUUGGAGACGGGUUCGCUGGCGAGCUAUUUCUGGCGGACCAUGGCCGGCAGCAUGGCGCCGAGGGUGCAGGAGAUCAUGUCAAAGGGAGGCGUCUCCGCACGAACACUCAGAACAAACCGGCAGACCGUGGGCGAGGCCAUCAAGGAGUGCGUGGCCCGGGGAAGUCAGCUGCCGAGUGCAGUUGCUGCGGCCGCGAAGGGUCAGGGGAGGGGAAGCGAGGUGGACUCCGGUGGGAAGCACUGGGAGAGAGAAGUGGCUGUCAUGGUGGGCAGUAUUGUCAACAAUCUUGGGAGGUGAUGGAAGGAUCCCUUGAAUUAGGUUGUCCGAGACCCCCCGAAUGGCUUAAAUACAAGAGCAGGGGACGCUGAAAUGAUUACAGUUCCGAGACCA